CUUACUUCAUGGCAGGAAGUAAUUCCCUCGCCGCAAAACUCAACAUGUUAUAACAUUGUCCCAUACAGUCGACGAGUCUUAACUUUUGGACUUACCGCUCUAAGCAACAUGUUCAAUGUUGUGAUUUUGUUUAUGUAAAUAAGUAAAUAUUAAUAAGUGAACUUUAUUGAAAGUGUCCUCAUGUGUCCUCUGGCAGGAGCUGAGCUUGUGCGCACGCCGCUGCAUCUGUAUCGCUAUCUACUGCGCUGCUGUAAACUACUACCAUCAGCUGCAGUGCAAACACAUUAUAAACAUGCCAUCAGACAGAGCUUCAACAGCCAUGCAGACGAAGAUGAUUCAGAGAGGAUUCAGAUAAUGAUUCAAAGAGCUAUAUCUGAUGCAGACUGGAUAUUAAAUAAAUACGCCAAAAUGAAAUGACCAUCAUGAAGAAAAAGACUGAACAUACGAAAGACUCAGAGCUGAUAGAGGGAGAAUGGUGAUCAAGCGAGAUGUAAUGCCACACUUACAGGUUACAGAUUAAAUCAGCCUAAAAGUAGUCAAUGUUAAGUGGGUAUUUUGCUUAACAUAUCAAACUUUUAAGAGCUGUUAUAAAAAGUAUACAGUUAUGUGGCCAUUACUACCCAGGGCAAACUAAACCGGCAGUCUAGAAGUGACAGAUGAUUUCAUUUAAAUAUUUCACACAAAACUGAAAUGAUUUACUGUAAUGUAGUUCAUAAUAAAGAUAGAAAAGCAA